AUGGCAGCCCCGUACACGCCUCAGGAUGUGUCGGCCGUCUCUCAGAUGAUCUCGGCUCUGGACGCGGCCAGGAAAGACAAACGACGUGGCGGAUUCUCCUGCAAAAAGACUACAUUUUCAGUCAAGCAAUCCCAAGACGGCAUCGAGGUGGACUCAUGGAGAAUGCAGGACUGGGACUAUAAGCGCAAGGGGCUUCCUACAUAUGCUCGCGGCCUAUUCACCACCAAAACCAGGAGAAACGCACCCGAGAUCGCAGUCCGAGGCUACGACAAGUUCUUCAACGUCAACGAGGUCAACGAGACCAAGUGGGACGUGAUUCAGAAGAACACAAAGGGGCCUUACGAAUUGACUCUAAAGGAGAAUGGCUGCAUCAUCUUCGUGGCUGGCCUCGAGGAUGACACUCUUCUUGUUUGCAGCAAACACUCUACCGGCGACCGCAGCGAUGUCGAGCUCAGCCAUGCUCGUGCCGGAGAGAUUCGGAUAGAGAAGCAGCUGGCCGCCAUUGGCAAGACUAAGGAGGACCUUGCAAGGGAAUUACACUCCCGGAAUAUCACUGCCGUAGCAGAGCUUUGCGACGACUCGUUUGAAGAACACAUUCUGGCCUACGAGGAUGACAAGGCCGGGCUAUACCUUCACGGCAUCAACCUCAACCUCCCCGAAUUUGCUACUUACCCAAGUAAUCUGGUUCAGGAGUUUGCAAGCCAGUGGGGCUUUAUCAAGACAGACCUGCUGAUCAAGGAGAAUAUAGACGAGGUCAAGACGUUCUUGGAGGAUGUCGCUAAAACGGGAGCCUAUGACGGCCGCGACGUUGAGGGGUUCGUCAUUCGAUGCAAAAUGUCACAUAACCCUGCCGAGCAGCCUUUUCAAGACUGGUUCUUCAAGUACAAGUUUGAGGAGCCCUACCUGAUGUACCGACAGUGGCGUGAAUGCACUAAAGCCGUCAUUGCGGGCAAACAAGCCAAGUUUAAGAAACACGUGAAAAUCACGGAGGAGUAUCUCCUUUUUGCCCGGCGACAGCUGGCAGCCAAUCCGAAACUUUCCAAAGAAUACAAUCAAAAUCAUGGAAUCAUCAAGCUGCGAGACGACUUCUUGGCAUACAAAAACAUCAAGGGAUCAGAGGCUGCCAACCUUGAAGGAUUUGAUCGCAUCAUCAUGUCAGAGGUUACCAAGGACGUAAUCUUGGCACCUAUUGCGACCCUCGGCUGCGGAAAGACUACUCUUGCUCUGGCAUUGACGCACCUGUUUGGCUGGGGCCACAUUCAGAAUGAUAACAUCUCAGGCAAAGGUCGGCCACCGCGAUUUGUCAAGGCACUUAUGGACCAGUUGAAGGAGCACCCUGUUGUUUUUGCAGAUCGCAACAACGCGCAGAAGCACGAGAGAAAGCAGCUCAUCGGCGAUGUCAAGACGCAGAGCCCAGGGACUCGAAUUGUCUGCCUAAACUUUCGACAUGACGAAGAGUCCAUUGAUGAUAUCCGACGCGUGACUCAGGAUCGUGUUAUUGAGCGAGGAGACAAUCACCAGACAAUCCAGGCGGCUUCAAAUCAGGACAAGUUCCUCGAAGUAAUGGAAGGUUUCAUUAAACGAUUCGAGGAAUGCAAUCCCAACUCUGCGCCGGAUGCCGGAUUCGAGCUUGUCAUCGAUCUAGACCCUACGGUUGAUAGCAGACAAAAUCUCGAGACAUUGGUCAAAGAGCUCAAUCUAUCACUGCCAAACGUGGUCAAAGAAAUGCCAAGCUCUGAGAAACUCGAUGAGGCUAUGGACUUUGCCCUAAACUACAAACCUAAUUUCAGACAUACUAUCCCCGACAGAGGCGGAAGAAAGGAUGCUAAGGCUGGCCAGCAGCAGCAGCAGCAGCAGCAGAAGCCACCGAAGAAGAGGUCAUUGGAGUACAUGUCCGUAGAAGUACCCACUGACUCUAUUAACAAACUCCUCGAAAGAUCAUUUAAGGAAGUCGGCCCAGCGACGUCCAAGUUUUACUGGCAGCUCAAGAACACGAGAAGAGUGCAGCGCAAGUUCCACGUCACGUUGAUGCACAGAGCUACAAAGGACCAGUUCCCAGAGCUAUGGCAGCGAUAUAAGGAGCUUCAUGAAGCCGCGAGUGGAGGCGAUGCUAAGCUGGGUGACUGCGACGUGAUGCUCGAGCGGGUUGUGUUUGACGAUCGCAUCAUGGCCAUUGUUGUGCGCAUUGUCGAUGGGGAGGGCAAAUGGGAGUGCGUCAACCGCGUUGCGCAUAUCACGGUCGGAACGCGAGAUGAUGCGGUGAAGCCGAAGGAGAGCAACGAUCUGCUGGGCAAGUGGCUGGAAGAAGGGACUGGUGGAGAAGGGAACAAGAUCCAAGAGGUGGUGUUUGAAGAGAAGCCAAUGGUCAAAGGUGCGGUCAAAGGUGUUUUGUCCAGAUAG